AUGCUUUUGGAAACCGUGUGCUGCAAGAAAGCCGUCGAUCUUAAGGAAAAUGUGAUUCUCAUUGACUGGGCAUACGAUUGUUUCCGAGAAAAGAGGUUGGACGAUCUGAUCGAAGACGAUUUAGAGGCAAUUGACGAUAUGGAAACGGUGGAGAGAUAUGUGAAGAUAGCGAUAUGGUGUAUACAAGAAGAACUAGAAAUGAGACCUAACAUGAGAACUGUUACGCAGAUGCUUGAAGGUGUGGCUCAAGUUCAUGAUCCUCCAAACCCUUCUCCUUAUAGCACCAUCUCUUGUGAUGAGUAUCUGUCAUGUGCUCCAGUGUCAUGA